AAUCAAAAAGAAUGAAAUCUUGCCAUUUGCAACUACGUGGAUGGAACUGGAGGGUAUUAUGCUGAGUGAAAUUAGAGAAAGACAAAAAUCAUAUGACUUCAGCCAUAUGAGGACUUUAAGAGACAAAACAGAUGAACACAAGAGAAGGGAAGCAAAAAUAAUAUAAAAACAGGGAGGGGGAUGAAACAUAAGAGACUGUUAAAUAUGGAGAACAAACAGGGUUACUGGAGGGGUUGUGGGAGGGGGAUGGGCUAAAUGGGUAAGGGACACUAAGGAAUCUACUCCUGAAAUCAUUGUUGCACUAUAUGCUAAUUUGGAUGUAAAAUAAAGAAAAUUAAAAAAAAAAAAAAAAAGACAAGACGUGUGUGAAUAAAACUUGAAUUUAAGACCCAGUAUAAAUAAAUAAAGUGCUGAAAUUGUUGCGGGAGAGGAGGUAGGCUUUAACAGAGAAAGAAUGGCCAGUUCAGUCACAGUAGGAAGACUGUAAGAAGCCAGUAGGCAUGAAUCAUGCCCUGAAAGGAUUGAGUUAGAAAAAAAGAAAAGGAAACUACUAACAUGCAUUGUAUGCCUAUUAUAUUCCAGGCACUGUUAGGCAAUGUUUUAUCUUAUGUUGGUCUCAUUACAGUCUUGCAAAGCAUAUCUACAAAUCCACGUUUCACAGAGAAGUACACCAAACUCAUCAUGAUUGAAGACAAUAAGGAAAAUAAAGACCAUUCCCUAGAAAGAGGAAGGGCAACUCUCAUUUUUUCCUUGAAGAAUGAAGUUGGUGGACUAAUAAAAGCACUGAAAAUCUUCCAGGAGAAACAUGUGAGCCUGUUACAUAUUGAGUCCCGAAAAUCAAAGAGAAGAAACUCAGAAUUUGAGAUCUUUAUUGACUGUGAUAUCAACAGAGAACAAUUGAAUGAUAUUUUUCAUCUGUUGAAGUCCUACACUAACGUUCUCUCUGUGAAUCCACCAGAUAAUUUUGCUGUGAAAGAAGACGGUAUGGAAACUGUUCCUUGGUUUCCAAAGAAGAUUUCUGACCUGGAUCAUUGUGCCAACAGAGUUCUGAUGUAUGGAUGUGAACUGGAUGCAGACCAUCCUGGCUUCAAAGACAAUGUCUACCGUAAAAGACGAAAGUAUUUUGCAGACUUGGCUAUGAACUAUAAACAUGGAGACCCCAUUCCCAAGGUUGAAUUCACUGAAGAGGAGAUUAAGACCUGGGGAACCGUGUUCCGAGAGCUGAACAAACUUUACCCAACCCAUGCCUGCAGAGAGUAUCUCAAAAACUUACCUUUGCUUUCUAAAUAUUGUGGAUACCGGGAAGAUAAUAUCCCACAAUUGGAAGAUGUCUCAAACUUUUUAAAAGAGCGCACAGGUUUUUCCAUCCGUCCUGUGGCUGGUUACUUAUCACCAAGAGAUUUCUUAUCAGGUUUAGCCUUUCGAGUUUUUCACUGCACACAGUAUGUGAGACACAGUUCAGACCCUCUCUAUACCCCAGAGCCAGAUACCUGCCAUGAACUCUUAGGUCAUGUCCCCCUGUUGGCUGAACCUAGUUUUGCUCAAUUCUCCCAAGAAAUUGGCCUGGCUUCUCUUGGAGCUUCAGAGGAGGCUGUUCAAAAACUGGCAACGUGCUACUUUUUCACUGUGGAGUUUGGUCUCUGUAAACAAGAUGGGCAGUUGCGAGUCUUUGGUGCUGGAUUACUUUCUUCGAUCAGUGAACUUAAGCAUUCACUUUCUGGACAUGGCAAAGUAAAGCCCUUUGAUCCCAAGAUUACCUGCAAACAGGAGUGUCGCAUCACAACUUUUCAGGAUGUCUACUUUGUAUCUGAAAGCUUUGAAGAUGCAAAAGAGAAGAUGAGAGAAUUUACCAAAACAAUUAAGCGUCCGUUUGGAGUGAAGUAUAAUCCAUAUACACGGAGUAUUCAGAUCCUGAAAGACACCAAGAGCAUAACCAGUGCCAUGAAUGAACUGCAGCAUGAUCUUGAUGUUGUCAGUGAUGCCCUUGCGAAGGUCAGCAAGCAGCUGAGCAUCUGAUCCUGAGAGCAUCUGAGUGCCAAUUCAGAGAGAGGCCUGUGGGCCAGCUCCUGCUUUUCUUGAAGACCUGGUCAUGGAGGGACAGUAGCCAAACAACAUUCUCUACUCCCAUUCCUUAAUUAGUUCUUUGGAAAUUUGUACCUGGAUACUCUAUACCAGUACCUAUUUUUUUUUUUUGUAACAGCUUAGUGAAAUAUGAUUCACAUACCAUACAAUUCAUUGACCACUCAUUUAAAAAAAUUUUUUUUUAAACAUUUUGUUUAUUUUUGAGAGACAGAGACAGAGAGUGAGUGGGGGAGGGGCAGAGAGAGAAGGAAACACAGAAUCUGAAGCAGGCUCCAGGCUCUGAGCAAGCUGUCAGCACAGAGCCCGGUUUGUGGGGCUUGAACCCACAAACCGUGAGAUCAUGACCUGGGCCGAAGUUGGACGCUUAACCAACUGAGCCACCCAGGCGCCCCUGACUGACCACUCAUGUUUUAUAGAGAAGUUUUUUAACCCCAUGGAUAGAUCUAAUACCAGCUUGAUUCUCUUUUCCCUAAUUUUUCUUGAGUAAAAUGACCUUUAUGAUCAUUUAAAAUGCCUUGGUGGGUAUCAUGGAGCUGACCCAUAUUGAUACCUAAGAUCCUUUUAUUUCUAAAGUAUCUUACUUAUCAUUGGAUUUGUGCCAAGCUUGAUCGCAUUCAGAGCCAUAAAGUUAACAGGAGACCCACUGUCUCCACUGCUAGCAUGGGCAGAAGUAUAGAGACCUUUCCACAUGAAGCACACCUCAUAAAGAACAAGUAGUCUAGUUUCAAGUAUGGUAUCUUGUAAGGAAAUAGGAGUAGCUAAAUCUGGAAAGGUUGAUUAGGGCAUCAUCCUCAAGACCAGGUUAUGAAUUUGGGACUUUAUUUGGUGGGCACUAGGGAGCCCCUUCCCAUGUGACCAUCCUCCUUGAGUGAGACCCUUUGUUUUCUAAGGCACUGCAUGAUGCUGGUUUUGUUUUAAAACUUUUUUUUAAACGUUUAUUUUAUUUUUGAGACAGAGAAACAGGGCAUGAUCAGGGGAGGGGCAGAGAGAGACGGAGAUACAGAAUCUGAAGCAGGCUCCAGGCUCUGAGCUGUCAGCACAGAACCCACUGAGGGGCUCAAACCCACGAACCAUGAUAUCAUGACCUGAGCCAAAGCCAGACGCUGACUGAGCCACCCAGAUGCCCCAUGCUGAUUUUGUUUCAGAUUAUCUGUUCUACUCAUGGGUCCAACGGGGAACUUGGAGGCCAGGCAUUUGCAAGGCCCUAUACUCAGACGUGCAGCGUAUCAUGAUGGGAUUUGCCCUUAGGUUAGCAGAAGAUGAUAUUGUCAAAUGGAGAGUUCAAACUGAGACAGGUGAGAGAAGCACAAAGUUAAUGUUGGAAAACUGAUGUUGGGCACUUCAUUUCCAAGGUUUAAGGUGAGACUGUAAAUAGGGAGUCAAGGCAUAAGGGUGGAGGGUGGGGAAACGGCUGAGGAAAUGGGAUGUGAGAAAGGUCAAGAAGACCAUUUUAGGUCUGACACUAAUAAUGCAAGGGUGCAAGGACUGGUUUUUAUGUGGUGUCUGCUGUGUAGUACAGGGAGGGGGCCUGAUACAAGCAGGUGAAGCUGGACUCCUCAAUACGUGCUGUGUCUGUUUAAUUUGCUCCUUUUCUCUUCCCCACUCCCUCCUCAAGUUUCUUCUGUCUUUGGUCUUCUCUUUCUGCCAUCUCUUUAUGGGAAAUGUUAUCCACAUCCAUGACUUCAAUUAUUAUUUUGUAUGACUCCCGUGUUUGCAAUUCUAACCUUGAGAUCUUUGUUGAAUUUUUGCCUCUUAAGUCCAUCUGCCUGCUAGAUAUUUUCCAUCUAGAUGUCCCAUAAAUCAGGCCAAUGUUGUACAACUUCUUGUGGUACCAUCCACAUAGAAUGAAACGGGUUUAUACAACACGGUAGACCUGCCAAGUAUCUCACACUCAAUAGGUUAAAAAAAAAAGAACUCAUGAAUAAAAACCUCAGGAUCACCUGCAUAUUAC